UGCCAGCGUGUCUUGAAGAAUAGCAAUGGCGGACAGCGGCGGGGAUCGUGGCGGUGUUGUAUCUUCCAACGUCGGUCCUGCCGAAACUUCGACGUCCGGCGACGGCCAAGAUCCGAAGAAAUCGGACAUGGGAGACGAUCUGAGGGCAGGCAAGGCUGAGCGGAAAGCUUGCAAUGACCCCGUGCAGGAGCUGCUCAACCUGGCGGCUGGCACCGUCAACCAGACGGAGACAUCACACACAAAGCAGUGGCUCGGUGGUGGCGAUGAGGCAGAAGCCCGAAAAGACUCCCACAAGCAUGUUCCUGGCCCUCUUCAGGCACUACCUCUGUCGCUGGACGACAUUCGAGCGAGCCUGGACAACAUUGUCCAGCAGCACUGUGUGGCGCAGUCGUCGCUCAUGAGGAGCUUAACUGGAGAAACGCUGAGGCGGCUCGACGAUGCUGGCAAAGCGGUGGUCGUCUCGCACUCCCUGGCCGCGUACCUCUCCACACUGGAAGCUGUCGUGCUGCGCAAGGUGACGGCGAGGAUCGUCUCCGACACCGGUCUCUGGGUGUCGCGUCUCUUUAGGUUCUUUGACUCGUCGGUCUUCUUUCACGAGGAGUCGCGGGAAGGGCUGGUGCGCGUGUGCCGCCUCGCCCUGCACGCCAAGUACCCGCGCCUGUCCCAGGGGGAAGGCUACCAGGCACUGGCCUCCCGACCGCCCGUGCUGUACAUCGGGGCGCACACCCGCACCAGCCUCGGACACCACCUCUGUUCGCAACUGGGACUUCCCGUCUCCUGCCUCAGGAUGAUUCCCCUUACAGGGACACCAGGCUCCCUCUACCAGACGGACCUUACAGCGCUGGAGCAGAGCAUGGACGAAGACGUGGUGCAGGGCCGGGUGCCGACGCUGGUGGUGGUCAGUGCGGGCUCGCCGGCCAUCGGCUUGGUGGACCCUCUGCAGGGACUGCAGGACCUGUGCAAGCGGCACGAGGCUUGGCUGCACGUCGAGGGACACGCGCUCGCCGCUCUGUGCCUCGUGUCGGUUCCCAACCUGCCGGCUCGUACUGGAGACAGCGUGUCGCUCCCUCUCGGCACCUGGCUUGGUCUACCAUCUGUGCCCUACGUUACCUUGUACAAGACAAGCGAGGCAGCGCUGGCGCAUGCGGCUGGCCUGAGCUCGUUCAGCGUGCACAGCAAGCUGCAGUGUCUCCCCCUGUGGGUCGGGCUGCAGAGCCUGGGACACCAGGGACUCCUGCAGCGAGUACUCCACUGCCUGCGUCUGAGUGAAAUGCUAAGGGAAAGACUGGACCAGAUUCCGGAGAUAGAAGUCGUGGGCAGGCCCAGGGCGAUGUCAAAAGAAGGACAGGUGCUUUCCCUGGCUGACGUGGUGACAAAAUCUGUUGGAACUCUGUUGCUGUUCGACGUCGUUGUUCCUGUGGUGACAUUUCGGUAUAUGCCGGAAGAGGCCCUGCUGGAAGGGGUCGAGGAGGAGGAGGAAACUCAGGAAGAAGGAUCGACCGAGGUCUCGUCGGAGACUGAGUCCAAGCGCAACACGCCGGACGAGGCCACCGCUGCCGGGGAGAAGGCAGAGACGGACGCCAUCCUGGACGACGAGCCUUCCUUGCGCGACACCUCCUAUCGCAACAAUCUCAACUCUUGGCUGGCCCAAGUUCUCAACCGCGACGUCCCUCGUGCAGCGCUGGACCUCCUCGACCUGGACCCAUAUGGGGCCUGCCUUCGCUUUUGUCCUCUGGAGAGCGCACACGUGUUCGGCACGACGACUCAGGAUGUGGAGGAGUUGCACAACUGUCUCCUCAAACAUCUGGCCAUUUUGAACGCGACGGUCCGACAGAAGCGCAAGUUCCGCGAGGCUCUCAGCAAACACGACAACCUCGAGCUGGUCGAAGUGUGUCACUGGGCGGGUCUGGGUGGCGUGCGGUUUGUGCCGAACGCUUACAUCGGACACGUCGACUCGCUCGAUGAGAAGGACCGGAUCCAGCUCAACCAGCUCAACUCGGAGCUCGUGCUCAAGUUGAAGAACACGGAUUCGGCCUUUUCUCUCGGUGAAAGUGAAGACGGCCUGUCCUGCGUGCGAUUUGGCAUGGUCACGGAUGACCUCGACAUCGAGGAGCUGGUUGGGCUUGUCCUGGGAGCGGGCAUAGAGCUGGAGGAAUCCACAAAGGCACUUGAGUCAAUGUCCGAACUGGUGAAACAAGGAAUUCAAGAAGCGAGCAAGGGUCUCCAGCAGGAGAACGAGGAGAAGAUACUCCAGGAGGGCCUUCUGAGGCAUGUUCCCAUCGUGGGCUCCCUUUUCAACUGGUGGUCACCGACCUCCAAGGAGAGUGGUAUUCGUGGCCGAAGCUUCAACAUUACAUCCGGGCUCGUCGAGAGUACGGAGAACAUCUACAAGUACCACAUGCAAAUCCAGCAGGGCGACGGCACGCCGGUACUGGCCAACAAGCCUCCUCCACAAGCCCAAGUGGUCGUGCCAGCCGCAAAUGCCCUCGAGACCAAAGCACAGCAUUAAGAGAGCGCAACUCAGAAGAAGUGUGACAGAGGUUGUAGUGGGGGAUUGUGGGACGAGACUCGAAGGGAGUUAAGAGAAUGGGGUUAGGUGCCGCAGGUUCGAGCACCAUCGCGCACACGCCCACAGAGCAGUACCAGUGCGUAGAGAAUGGACGAUCGGUGUUGUUUUGGGCCAUUGGCUUUCCGAGUGAAUGCGGGAUGUUUUGCAUGCCAUUGCAUUCGAGGCAGACUGAUGAGCAAAACUAAAAAAAAAAAGCUCAAGAAAUUAUGUGGGCUGCUGGUAUUGGGUGCCACCGGCCUACAGUGGCAGGUACCAAAUACCACAGGCACCAGAUAUCAGCACAGAGGAACAUGAUUGGGGUCCAUAAGGCUCCUGGCUGUUUGUCUUUAACCGGUGCUUGAAACCAGCUCAGCGCUUGAUGGUUGACGGAGGCACAUAAGCACUGAUUGGAUUCUUUGCUUGUUGUCAUGCAAUCACAGGAAUCUUGCUGUUCUGAUUGGGGAGCAAAAGUAGCUGGCCGCAUGCGGUGGUGUUUUGUUAAACUUUUUUGUUUGGUCCAAUCAAGUAAAAUAAAGCUGGUAGCAUUUAGUUUUAGUUCGCUGUUAAAGAACUUAUACCGGUUGCUGGUGCGUUGUGAGAAAUAUUGUGCACAAUUCCUUGGCAAAGGUUUUUGGUUGCAAGCUGCGCAGCUGCUCGCACUUGUGAACCCACACAGCAGUUACCCGCUGGUCCCAAUAGUGCAACUCUGUGAGCUUGAACAUGUUGGCAAUAGUUACCAGCAGCUUCUAGUACUACGGCAAGCUCUUAAAAGCCUCCAUGGCGGUUUAUACUACUAAAAGGCCAGCUCAAGUACAGUAUUGCUAGCAUGUCCAGAGCCUUUGGUACUUGUCUGUCCGUUUUUCAUUGUGUGCAGUGCAUCUUGUGCAGUGCCACCUUUUAAUAACCCUGCUAGUAUUUUGCAACACUUUUGUGUUCAUGCUAGGGAAUGGUUCUGCUGUCUUAACCUUGUGUGAAAAUAGCGCAGCUCACAGCUUCAGCUUUGCGUGCAUUUUAUGGACUCGACAGGUAACAGCUGUGACGUUGGUUUAUGAGCAGUCACAAGCUUUCGUUCGGGAGGCAUUGCGGCUUAAGCAUUUAUGAAGUCAACAGCAGACCUCAUCGUCGGGCCAUCCUAGUAUGCCCCCUAAUGCUCCUCUGUUAGCAGCUCCACAUUGGUUAAAAGUGGUUUGAACUUUGGAUGGAGGUUUUGCCACAAAAGGGUUCGCCAAUCUCUAAGAAUGCAAAAUUAAUAGGUUAGUUCUUCGCAAGAGGUCCCGAAAUAAUAGUGUGUAUAUUACAAGGCCUAACACUACUGCAAUCUUAGUUGGGCUAGUUGGUGAGAAUUGACCUUUAACAUGAGUAAAUAGUGCAAAAAGGAUAAGGUAAAGGGAACAAGAGCUGGAGUUUGUUUUUGUAACCUUUUACUUGAUUCUUUUUUUUAACUAGUUACACCGCUGCUGUAAUUACUCGGGCGUCUACUUUUGAAAAGGAGGCUCACAGACUAUGCCCUUUAGAUGUAAUAUAAGGAAGUGGAAGCCUUGGCAGUGUCGGAAAGCUAGUGGCUUUAGAACCGGAAAAGCCCGUGCAUUGGUACCUCUGCUCUCGAGAGAAAGAACAUGUCAUCCAAACAUAUCAUUUCCGGAGAAACUAGGGUUCAUGCCUGCAACUUUCUUGUUCUUUUUCUUUCCAGCUGGGACCAUGUUUAUUGUAGCUCCCAUUUUUUUGGGGGGGCAUUGGGCGCUCCUCUCCAGUCACCGCUCACUUUCUCACCAACUCUGUUUCUUCAUCUUGUUCCUUUGUUUGCGAUUUUUUUUUUAUUAUAUUGCAGAGUGGCGAGUGUUUUUCUCGUUCAGUCUUCUCUCCUUUUUUGUGGGGAGGGUUUCUGCUUCGCUUUAUUCCCUAUGCAUUUGAUGAGUUUUAAGUAAGACCUUGUCUAUUUCAGAGCGAAAGCGAGUGAAGUUCCUGAUAGUAUUCUUUUUGUUUUCUCAUCCAUCUCGUGCAGGCAGCCUGCAUACUUCGCCUUAAAAAAACUGUUGUGAUACAUCUAGUCAGAAACGCACUUUUUUGCAAAUAAAACUGACAGCUUUUUCGAG